AUGUACCCUCAUGUCAGCGGUGCCCACAGCCCCCGUGCCGGCCCUAUACGCACUAGCCGCCACCACAUCAUGCGAGCCAGGCUACAGCGGCACGAUGCUCUGUUCCACCUGUUUCCGACAAGCGAGUUAUACGUGCCGUGCCUUGACAUUUACAGGGAAGGCGUGUCGGCGUAGAGGUUUGCUUGGUAGUAGUCGAUCUACAGCACCAGCAGGAGGAGGAGGAGACGUAUCUCAGCACAAUUGGCGCAGCAGCAUUGCAAAUGGCCUCCGGAUACGACCAGCUGAAACUGCACCCCCAGAAGGUCGCCGUUUGUGGACCUCAAGCGCCGUAACCCGACACCUCGACGUCGGGGAGGGUCGCUGUCUUUCCCAGGAUUCCGGGAAUAGACCGCAAGAACACGCUGGUGAUGAGCCCGUGGAGAGAGCAGAAGCUGUUGCUGCGGCUGCUGCUG